AUGUCAGAUCAAAACAGAAUGGAAGAGGUAUCAGCUUCAACUGCUCAAAUCCCUCUCAACGGCGUGGAAAGCCGCUUCAUACUGCCUAGUAUGUGGGGUCAGGACGUCAGCUACAAAGGAUUCAGCACAAACGCGUUGUUUUUACCGGGUACAAACUUGGAAGCAUUCGAUCCAUCGAGUACGUGGAAUAUCUUACGGUUCCAUUUGCUCAGAAUCUGUCUCUCUUUUUUUCAUGACGUUUAUGGGACAGUUCUCAGGUACUGGGGGAGGAGCGUCCUACUUAGAGAUUCGGCGUACACUCUUGUGGUUGGAUUUUUGAUUGAGUACGGCAUUGUGGAUAUGUUUAUAGGCAUUCUGAGAGGUUUGCGGGUUUUUGGCGCCUGGAUAGCAUGGAUAGAGAGUUAUGUCUUUCCCCAAAGCAGUCCAAAGGAUAAUGUGGCCAUCUUGGGAGCAGUUCGUUCUGUUAAUCUUCCAGACUCGGUUGCAGUGAUCCUGGAAAUGGCCCAGUUUGUCAAAAAGCCUCCCCCAGAAAUUCCCCAGCCUUUUUUAAGUGCAGACAAAAAAAUACAACUGCCUUCUCAGAAAGAGAUCAAGAAGGUGAUGGCCCAGAGGGCAGAAUGGAGUGCUGGGUUGAACACUCAUGUCGCUGCUGAAACGAUUCAGAUGCUAACCGAAGCAUCCAAGCUUGCUUCUUGGCUUAUUUGUAUGGGAAGCACAGAAAGUCUGUACCUCUAUGUGAAGAAGACAGGUGUUUGGGACGAUAAUAUGGAGACAUUGGCAGAGUUGAUAACUGCCGAGCUGCAAUCUUUGUAUGGGGUAUCCCAGCCUGGAACCAAUCUCCCCCGGAAGGCCAUUAUUGCUAAACUUGAUGGAAGCAAAACUAUUCCGGUGGAUUUGAGCGUCGAGAGUUCUACGCUUGAGACUGAGGCUUCGGGAGAUUUGGCUGCCGUGCCUUCAAACGAGCGCGAGGAUUCAACGCCAGAUCCAGUCUCUAUAUUCCUCCUUUCCCCAGAAGAUUACAAGCCGAGACUCGUCAACCUCACAAAAUCAAUGUGUGAACAGCCAGAAGAUAUCACCCAUGAAAUGGCCAAAUUUGGCCGGCCAAAACUGAUCCUGGCUACACAGGGCGAAAGACAAUAUCCGAAUUGUCUCAAAGGAUUUCCCCUGCUGGACACAUCAGGAGAUCCAGAUUUUGUCAGUCUGAAACGGCCUAUUCACUUUGCUGAUUUGGUCAGAGCUCUAAGGUCUAGCUCGCAGACGAGCGAGUAA